ACUCAUGAGUUCACUGCAGAGGGAUGUGACCAGAAACAUAAAAAACAGAAAUCAUCAUGGAUUAAAAUGUCACAAAAGGAGCCGUGGACAACAUGGAGAAGCUGGUGAGGAUCCUACGCUGAAUCCAGACUAGACUGGAGCAAAGGAAGAACAGAGAAAGACCUCAGACCCAGAGAAGACAACAUGUUCCAAGAACCCGAGUCUCUGCAGCAAAUAAUCUGAUCCACUGUGUUUCUCUGGCUCCAGUUUCAUGUGUUUUAUUCAGUGAUGUUCCUUUAAACAACUGAUCACUUCUUUACUUUGGCUCCUCCUCUUCUCCGUUCUCUGGUUUGACUUUACUUUCGAUUUCUGCAGCGACGUGUCGCAGAUCUUUUUCUCCAUCUGAAGGUAAUGAAGCAGUUUCUGGUGUUUUCUUCAUCAGCUCAGUUCCAGCAGAAAUCUGCCGCUCCAUAGUUCACGUUAAACUCAGUCACAGCUGAAAGGAAAGAGUCUGGAUCAUUUUGUGUCUCUGGUCCGUUUGUGUCACUCGGUGCAUGAAUAUGAUUGAAGGUGAUUUUCUUUCCUUCAUCUUUUCAUCGAGGACACAGUCGGGCUUUUAUUUGUAAACUGUCUGUAGAAUGUUUUUAUGACGUAAAGCGCUGGAAGUAACUCAGUAGUUUGAGCCUCACAGAUAAUAGUAACUAUUCUUGGGCCUGGUUCAUAGUCGACGGAAGCGACGCCAGACGCGAGGGACAUAGUGAGAUGCGACAGUAGAACCGUUUAUUCAGAUAUUAUUAUCUCUGUAAAGACUCUGAGGUGAAGUCUCAAAAGUAUCAAAACAUAUCUGCUGAGGAGGAGUAUUUUAUUUUACCGUGAGUCAUUGUCACGAUUGUCACAUUGUUUUAUUUAAAGCUGCAUUUAGUUUUCGUCUUUAUUUAUAAAUAAGUCAAAAGAGGUAGAGAUGAGUUUUACUUUCACUUACUCAUUUUCGGACACUAGACUUUUCUUUCAGCUUUUAAAUAUGUUUCUGUUAUGUUCGAAAUAAAUAAAUUAAACUCAAAUUCAAUUCAACUGUUGUUCAAUCGGGAAACAUGGGAAUAGGGAAUGUUUUUGCUUGCACAAUAAGAUGCAAUGUGUCCUCCAUGGCUCCAUCUAGUGGACUGAUAGUAGAAGUACAGCAGCUGAUGAAUAAGAGAGAAUCAGUGGAGGAUCAGCUGAUCUUUUUACAGCAGGAAUGAUUUCAGUUGAUGUUCACAUGAAUGAUCAGUGUUUCCUCUGCAGGUGGAAGAAGAAAGAGUGAAUUCAGCAGCAUGGACCAGAGAGAGGACAGACUGGAGGGACCAGGACCUGGACCUGGUCCUGGACCUGGACCUGGUCCUGGUCCUGGACCUGGACCUGGUCCUGGUCCUGGUCCUGAACCCAGCUGUGUGUCCUUUAAGAGCAACCGGUCAAAGGGCAUUGGUAUUGAUUUUAAAGGAGGACAUGGUUCUGGUCAAAAGAGGAAUGAACCUGGACCUGAACCCAGCUGUGUGUCCUUUAAGAGCGACCGGUCCAAGGGCAUUGGUAUUGAUUUUAAAGGAGGAGGUGGAUCUGCUCCAAAGAGGCUGUCCACGACUGGCUGCUGGCAGAUGUUUUUUCCUCCCCUCUUCUCUGUCCCCGGCAGUAAACCCACCUUAUGGCAUCAGCAAUUGUUAUAUCAAUACAGGGAACUGCAUCAUACAGCAUCUUAAAAUGACAUAACAAAACCAUCAGAAGAAAAAUGUAAUCUGGUACAUGUAGCAUGACAAACAACUCAUCAUAUUUACAAACUGCAAUCAUGAUUACUAUACAGAGGUCAUGAGCAUUGCUAAAAGGGCAUGUGAAAGAUUCAGUUCCGUUUAAUUCUACUUAGAAAAGCAAAAUAAAACCAGACUCCCAUACCUUUCACAACUGCUCUAAGUGUCCUUGACUGUUGGCCGCCUCCUGCCAAGUCAAGUGUGACGACCUAUGUACAAUAAAAAAGAUUCAAAAUUACAAUUAGAACGAGCUCAAAAAGAGCUCACCAGUUUCUGAUGGAACUCAGGGCAGGGUCCAGUCUUCAAUGGAAAGUUAUAGAGAUUGCUUCUCUUCUUAACAAGGUAAAAAAAACAAUCACGUUUUUUUGUGCAGAAUUUUGGACAACCAGACAGGUGCCAAAGCGCUUACAUAAACUAUGAAAUGUGAUCCCGUUCAUCACCUUUUUGGCUGGUUAACCAGACAUAAGCCAAAUUAUGUCCUAAAUUACGUUGCACCAUAUUUUAUUAUGGCAAAUCAUAAGGAGCAAAGCUGAACCAAAACCCCCUAUCCUUUUCCAAAAUAAGGAAAGAAAAACUAUGUCUGGGUGUAGUAAAAGUUAGCUUAGCACAUGUAGCAUUCCUUGGUGACUGUUUUUCCUGGGCAGUUAGAUGAGUAAACAUCAGCCAUAUGUAGGAAAUAAUGUCUUCAAUCUUGUAAUGGAUGAGAGCUAAUUGUUGAUGAUUGGUCCACAGAGUCCACCAGCAGAGCUCAGAGGUUCUCAGUGGUCAGUCUACCCAGCAGCAUCAGACACAGCUGGACUCCAUCUUUCUGGUCUGUACAUGUACAAC